CUCUGAGCCUUGUCAUCUGUCCCACAUGGCCACAGAUCAGGCAAGGGGGCAGCACAGACCAGACCUAGCCACUGGGCCCCAGAAGCCCCCUGCAAGGGCUGUGGUUCCUGGGAGUAGUGCUGAGGGGCCUCUCCUGACCAAGGGGAGGAGCAGGAAGGAGACGGGGUUCCGAGGGUCCCGGAAGGGCAAUGGCAGCUCUGAAGAGCAGACCCCUGUCCACGGCCCUGAAGCCCAGGGGGACAGCAAGAACCCCUCCAGGAUGGGAGAGGGACAGAGGGGAGCUCCUCCUGAAGUCCCUGGGCCGGCCUCUCGUCGCCAUUCCCACCGGCAUCGUCCUGACCCCCAGCAUGAUGCUGCUAACAGGACAUAUGGGCCUCUGCUCAACCAAAUCUUCGGGAAGGACCGUGAGCUGGGCCCCGAGGAGCUGGAUGAACUCCAGGCUGCCUUUGAGGAGUUUGACACUGACCGUGAUGGCUACCUCGGCUACCGGGACCUGGGUGACUGCAUGCGGACUCUGGGCUACAUGCCCACCGAGAUGGAGCUCCUGGAGGUCUCACAGCACGUCAAGAUGCGUAUGGGUGGCCGUGUGGACUUCGAGGAGUUUGUGGAACUGAUAAGCCCGAAGCUGAGGGAGGAGACAGCACACAUGCUGGGAGUGCGGGAGCUGCGUAUUGCCUUCCGAGAGUUUGACAGAGACAGAGAUGGACGAAUCACAGUGGCAGAGCUGCGGCAGGCUGCACCAGCUCUGCUGGGGGAGCCACUGGCAGGCCCUGAGCUGGAUGAGAUGCUCCGAGAGGUGGACCUCAAUGGGGAUGGCACCGUAGACUUUGAUGAGUUUGUGAUGAUGCUGUCCACCCACUGACGCUGCAAGAGUGCAGCUCCUUGCCCCUCGGGCCCAGCACCCCAGCAGGACUAAGGCUGCACACCCUUCCCCAAGAGGUUACAGGAUGGAAGAGACCCAGCUGCCCCCAGACUUCUAACACCUGGUAACACCUGGCAACGUGGGGCCUGAGAGUCUGCUUGUUACGCCACCUGCCCACCUUCAUCCUCACCUCCCCCUCCUUGAGCUGCAGGAGAACAACUGCUUACCGCUGCCCACUGUUCCCCAGGGGGAGCAAGAUCUCUAGACCCUUGGGAGGUAGGGAGCUCCCUGGUACUGGCAGCUUCAAAGGUAGGCAGUGUUGGGAGGAUCCCUAGUAACAUGGUGUAUUGAGAAGUUGGCCAGACGCCUCCCACUACUUAGAUAUAUAAAGUGAUUUUUAUUUAAAGCCAAUUUGAAAGAUAGAAAGGAAUGACCCCAAAGAUCAAAGAUAGAAAUCAAGCUAGGGUGUGGAAGGGAGCUGACACUGUGGUUUCACACGUGGACAUAGGCUUGGGCACUUGGGCUCUGACACUGGUGAGUGAUAGAAGACCCAUAGAGUCUGGAAAACAAGCAGUGGCCUUCCUGGAAAC